AUGGCCAAUAACAACUUUCCUCAAGCCUUGUUUGAAGUCUACAUGAUUUUACUGUUUGAAAUAGCCCGACGCCUGGUUGAGUUAGAAGAGCCGAGCGAGAAGAAGGUGCAGUAUGACGUUCUUCCGAUUGGAAGCGCCAUUGCAAGGAUUGUGAAAUUGCUGGAACUUGGCAUAAAGGAUACAUGCACCUUUAAGGACGUGUUCUUUCCGAAGAGCAAAUUCCACUGCUUCACAGGAAAACCUGAGGAAAGGAGAAAAGCGAUUGAUAAAAUCAACGAGACCACUUUGGAUAUUGUCUAGAAAAAGACGAUGGAGACAUACGGAGCAAGCGUUCUCGUGCUAGUUCCUGCGGCGAAAGAUCCGGCAAAAGUGUUUGCUACGCAGGUAAAAUGUCAUCUUGAAGAGCUUAAAGAAAUGUUUUGCUCUGAAAAACAACCAGAGGCGAUGCAACGAAAAGAAGACAGCGCAGAAGCCAUCCUACAAAACGAUCUCGAGGAUUUAUCAAUAUCAGUGAGUGUUGCGGAUAGUAUGGCCCUGUCGAUGAAGACGAAGAAGUCUGCAGUUGCUACAGAAACAUUUUCAGCAUUCGAUCACGCUUGAUGACAUGGUGUAUGGACUAAUUUUUUUCCGGAGCUGAGAAAUCGUUCAAGGUAAAAUCGUUUUCUAGGCUACAACAAACACUUUCGGUUUCACGAUGCUGUGAAAGUACUUCCGUUGGUUAGGUGCCUAGAGAUAUAUCAUGAGUUACACUUUUGAAAGACAAGUUGUGUAAGCCAUUUAUUUUGUAUCCAACAACCUAACUUUAAAAGUAGGUUAAUUGCAUGGAAACACUGCCUCAUGGAUUUUCCUACCUGCAGUUUUUACUUUAAAUCAUUUUCCCGAGAAUUCCACCGAAUACGAUAGAGAAGUGGAUUCAUCGAGUCAUUUGUAUCUAAUGCCCAUUGGUUUCUCGGUUUCUGAAUUGUAUUUAGACGGGCGGGUAUGGCUUCACGAGCAGUGACCAGCUUUAGAGUCUGAGCAGGCAAUGUAGUACUGAAAAUCUGGACCUGCCGAAAGUGAUUAAAAAGCGGUAGAAGAUAAGGAGCUGUUGGUUGCAUUUCAAUCACCUGCCUAUGAAUGGCCACGUAUCUACUUUGCGUUUGGGACACUAAACCUGACAUUCUAUAUCGUGAGAAGUUUACCAGUCACUAGAUCCUAGACUCAGCACUCAAAGCAAUGCUUACCACUAGAGAAAAACGAAGCCACUUUGCAAGGCGUAACUAAUCGAUCGAAGUCGAUCACCGAAAACGUUAUAUAACAACUUUAACGAUGUUUUCGAUGAAAUAACUUGAAUUUGACUUUAACAAAAAGUCGUUUUUCUACAAAGUCUGGCAAACUUCCUUUGCAGAUCAUGUAGGCUUGCUUAUUUUGGAUGCAUGCAUUCUACUCUCCUUUCUCCUUUCCUGCAACCCACCUUGCUCCCAGUUCCAAGGGCAGAAAAUUCAAACUGAUAAUUUAGUAGUGGUCCCGCAACGUUAACGCACUACCGCAGAUUAGUCAGGCAUAACAUAAAUUCAGGUCGUUAAGUUUUCAAACAAGCCUUGAAAUUAAUUUAAUCGUUCAAUCUUUGGCAAGGUAUUAUUCGAUAAGAUAAGGUACUGUAUAAGGCUUCAUUAAGGCACACUUUUAAACGACUCACCUAAUGAUCCUUAACGGGGAUGGCGAAUUACAAAAAUCAAAAACAACAUUAGAUCUGUAUCACCAAGCAUUGAGACCUUACGCCCUCAAGACCAAGCAUUACAAGAAAGAAGUCAAAUCGGUCUUGGACACUAUACAAGAAAUUCGACACUGACCUUUGGCUACCUACUCCGACGGGCUUUUUGCCUUAACUCUGAAGUUCCCGCAUCGCUCACUUCCGAAUAUUUCGAAAUGUAGCUACCAAAAAUAGUUUAGAGCUUCUCAAUUGUUCUAAGCCCACUCGACGUAAGCAGACUGAGUCGGAGUUCUGUGAUUGGUUUAUAUACCGCUAAACGCCACGGAUAAAUAAUUAAUAGCACAAAAAGAAGCUCGUGGAAAACACAAAGAAGUGAAAAAAUUACUUCAACAUGGCCGCAUGUAGUGGUAACACAGGUGUGUUCGAUUGUCAAGUGAAAGUUUGCAAAAAAUUUCUUCAACAACUUUAUGAAGUUGAAGACUUAAGACCAUUACAAAACCACGAUAUACCAAAAAAAGCCAAAACAUUCAAACCAAUGUAUGAUAUAACAGGCUUUGAUGCGUUUAAAGUCGUCGCAUUGCUGUGUCGCAUUGUGAAUGACACAAAGCAGUUUACAACAGGUAAGACCUUCUACUUGUUGAUACGCAACGGACAAGAGUGUGAAGCUAACGACGAAACUGAAGAGCCGUCAAGCAGCCAGAAGAGCAAACAAGCCGGCGAAAUUAAGGAGCUGUUCCAACUGGAAGCACUUCCUAGCGUCGAUCAACCCGGCAAUGGGAAAGUAUAUCGACUUCCCAAGGGAAGUGCAAGCUUUGCAGGUGGAAAAAGUUACAAUCAACUGUACCCUAUCUUAACGGAGUUCUACAAAGAGGAUACAGAAUCCUUUGCUUUGCACAUCAGGAGUCUGUUUCAGUCCAACACGGUUGUAACACAUGGUUCUCCUGCGACCAUUGAAGUCUACAUGCUGUUGCUGUUUGAAAUAGCCCGACGCUUGGUAAAUGAAAAAAACCCCGAGCGAAAGGAAAAAGAAGUUGGAUAA